CGAGAACGCUGUAGACACGACUCGUAGAAUCUAAAAUGGCCAAAGAACUGGGAUUUUUCCAUACAUCGUACAAAACGUGGCUUUGUAAUACGGCGCUAUUUGCUCUUGUUUGUGCUGCUUUUACGGCUGGAGUUCUCCUGGGACCUAUCAUUUCUUCGCGAGGACAAGACCAACUGCAAGAGGUUCGCUGUAACCGGGAUUCUUCAAUACAAAAACAAAACCCGAGCACGAAAUGUGUCUUCCCAAAGGAUCUUAAAACACUUAUGAACAAAUGGAAUCGCUCUUUAGAUGACCUGAUUGAAGAGAAGAUGGCUAACUUUUCCAAAGGGUCAAUAACUCCUCUCAUGAGAAAACUCUCUAGAGCAAAAGAUGCUUCUACAAAGAAAGUACUUCGAGGUAGGAUAAGUCUCUUAGUUGUCUUAAUUUUUCUGUUCUGUUUAAUUUGUCCCUGGAUCGUAUGAUUUUUCAGUAUCACAUGGAAACACUAUAAACGGUUGAAUCACCGAUUAUUGUUUCAAUCUGCAUGAGAUGCAGAUGUAUCUUUUUAUACGCUGAAAAACGCCAAUGUUGUUGAGGUCUGUGUUUGCUCUCGUUUUAAUUCAUCCAGUUUCUCCGUAAGGUUUUCCCGUUUGAGGGUGUCAAAUCUAAGACAUGGAAUACUUCGUUAACUUCAGAGCAUUACAAAAAAAAACGUAAGGUCGUGACCAUCAAAUGUAAGCUAUGAGUGGCUAAAGUCUCCAGCUGUGCUUUUAGAUUUACAUUGAAAACGUAGUAGAACAAAAAUCCGUUUUUUUCUCCGUCAGUCACGGAAAGAGAUAGGUUCCCGGCUAGACGACUGACUCAAAACCAUCGCCGUUUUUUUCUUUGGUUAAAUCCCCUGUUUAGUGUCCUAUUCAUUUGAUACUAAGUGUGGAACUUUAACACUGGCCCAGUCAGUGUGCUACGAUGAUUUUUUUCUUCCGUUUUGAGUUUUAGCUCUAAUCUGUUUGGUUUAUGCGCAUUCCAGGAGAUAAAGACUCUGCAAAAUGGGCUAUAGACCGUUGUCACCCAGGAAAUACGUCCUGUAAGGCUAUCCUCACAGAGUAAAGGCUCCAUUCUUUAUCCCACGAAAACUUUCAAUCUUAACAGAACUGUCAAAAGUUAGUUUUCGUGAGGAGAUAUGAAGGCAUUCUUUCAUCCAGAGUUGAGGUCAUGGAGAAUCGAUGGACCCAAAACAAAUUGUUCGCGUCAAAUGCAAGAGUACUUAAAAACUAAAAACACGUAAAUCUUUAAGACGCUUUUCUGGCGUGUGAUUAAAGUUCUUUUUUUAUAAACAGAGCCAGCGAAUUAUAAUAACGUUUUAACAACAGAUUUUCAAUACAAUUUCUUUCUUGGCAAGCAUACUGAUAUCUUGAUCGAAAUCUCUUGGAUAAAUACCAUAAUUAGUCCUACUUUACUAGAUCUUGCAAUUUUUUUUUUCCGCGCGCUUAAACUGGUACUUAUUCAUCGCAUUGCAACAGAAAAAUAGCGAUAUAUCCAAGCCACUACUUAAUUCACCGAAAUAAUUCUGUGCUCCUGGAAGGGUUAAUUAAGAAGCAGCGGUGAACAAAAACACAGAGAUGUAAAAUUAGCUGGGGCAACAGCUGAUUUUUUUUUCAGGGCGUGAAUAGGAGACAACAUACACUUGUAAGUAAUCUACCAAGCUCUAUAAAUAACCGACCCGCUGACGGCUGUAGUUACGUAUGAUAAUUGUUUUUGUUUAUCCAAUUCAUUUCUUAUCUCUAACUUGUACCUCAUACCUGGAACAGACUAUUUGUUUUCAUCCGCUGCGCUGAGCGAUUAAAUAGUCACGUUCACUACUGACAGGUACAGAGACUGAACUUGGAGAUUUUUCAUAUGGGGUAUAACACACCCUUUCUGAAAAAUCUGACUUCGCUUUGGGCACAGUUUUAAGAAGCUUUUUACUUGGCAGACCAUUUUUUCUAUACUGAACAGAUCGGGAAUGUUUCCGCAAGGUCUUAAGGCGUCGGAUUUGAGUAAAAUCCAAUUACUUUCACUUCUCUGGUGGCAAAGGUUUCUCGCUCUUUUCUGUGAACUUUGAACCGACAGGAAGUAUUAUUAAAGCAGUUCUUUUAUCCCCUGCAAAAUCCAGUAGUCCAAGGGGUACUCCUAGGAAUUCUAUGCUAGCGUAUGCCGCCCAGAUCUCCAAAUCCUUACACCCCAUUUUAGAUCAAAACAUGUAAUUUUUCACACCUGUUCCUCUAAAAUCCAUUUUAAACACGGCUACUCGGUUUGCGAAUAAAUGACCUUGUCCAAAUGAAGUCAACACUACUGUUUAAGGAUUUAUUUUCUUUUCAAGUGGUAUUUGACAAAGAAUCUCACGUUCGGAGCUGAGAAAAAUUUCUUUAUACGUUCUCAUGAUUCCCUUCAAAGCUAUACCCAACUUCACUUCGAAUCCUUGCUUAUGAUGGCAUAAAAGCAGUGAACCCCCACCCCCACGCCCGGCCUCCCGGAAUCCAGUGCGAAGAUCUUUGUCAACAACGUCGAAAAAAACGCAUUGGAAAAUCUCCAUAAACAAUCAUCGUCUAAUUCUUGGCUAUAAAAUACUAAUUUCGAGAUCUGAAAAAACGUAACUCGCUAACAAGCAAAAAAGGACCUGAACAUCAGUUGGGGUAUUUCUUGAACCCGAUUUAAUAAGGUUUUUGUUGUUACAGAAAGGCAUGUUUCAGAUCAAAACAGCAACUGUAUUUAAUCUGAAUAAUAAUAGUAUUCGAUUGCAAAGUAAAAACUCUCGUGAGUUACAAGCGCGCUUGAUUUACGUCACGGAUUGCAAACCGGACGAAAGAUUUCUUUUACCACAAAUUUCGGUGCACUUCCUUUCUGACUUAUCGUGAGCAGUUAUGGAAUUGGCAUUUAAAACAACACGUUUUUAAUCAAAGGAAGUACUUGUUAAUAGCUUCCAAUAAUCAUAAUUUAGGUAGAUUUGAAUCACUUGUAAAUUUCAAAAAAUGACAAAACAAAACAACCAAGUCUAGACCAAAAAAUAACACAUUAAACUGAUGACAAACAGGUAGAAAUAGUUGCCAUCUCCUGGAAGAAAGUAUUCUUAAAAGUAAAACGAGUUUUUUGCACUAUUUCUGUUAAAAUCAUCACCAACUAGAAAGCAAAGAAAUAAUUUAUUUGAUGAUAAGUCAGCUGUUUUCAAUAAUUAUACUGCUUAAAAUAUCAUCCCUUUAAAAUCGAUUACUUGCCAAAGGGAAGUAUUUCAAAAAAGCCGGUGCAAUCAUUCAUUUAGUGUUCUUGACAGCGGGAAAUGAGCUUUUUCCGCUCGGUCACUAAACAAGCGCAGCUUGUUAUCGACAUCGCCUGAAGGGAGAGCGUGCUGCUGUUAUCGCGUGAUCAAUGAAUUAUCAGUUAUCGGUGGUAGCGUGUGUAGGAGAAAAGCGUGCGCACGCAAUCCCGAUCAACCCUUCCACCCAUAAGGCCAGUUCAUACGUCUUUCUUCUGCCGUGUCGCCGAAGUUGUAUUCAGUGGGGUUCAACAGAAGCACGACUUCAAUUCAGAGUCGAACUUAAUUGGGAACGUAGUAACAAGUCAGCGGUAAAUGAAGCAAAAAGUACACAUUUCUAAAAUUUAUGAAUUCACAGAAUUUAAUAUAGUUGGGCACUGCAUGUCAGCACGUCAAUUAAAUCACUGCCAUGCUAGAGUCAUGUAGCAUGGAAUUGACCUUGUCCAAUAGUUCAAAACGUUAUCUACAGUUCUUCUGCUGUACCGUUUUGUCGAACUUAAUUCUUGGCACUGCAGAAGCACAAUGCUUGGAACAGCGAGAAGAACGUCUUUUGAAAUGCAUGCAAUCUCUUAUUAUGGUCACUACUGACAGGGCAAAAAUCAAUUUUCGAUUGUUCAAACACUUGUACAAAACAAUAAACAUCAUCACAGGAAAGUGAUAAUCGAUACUUUUUGUGUUAAUGGCUCGUGACUUUCAAAACAGUGUCUCAUUCAGUCUUUCUGCAAAAGUUAAUGAAAAACCAUUCUACGUACGCAGCCAGGGUAUAUGAGCUUAUAUCGCUCCUGACGCAGCAGUUUAGAGACGUUACUCGAAAAGUACGUCAUUUUCCUGCUAAGGGUUUCUUUCAUAGGCCAACCACUCAAUGCAUUGGAGCCACUUACUAUAAGAUACGCUAUGAAUAAAAAAAAGACCAUGCUAGCACAGCGGUAGUACAGGGACACCCAACCACUUUUUAAAACAUCUGUUCGGAGAAGCAAAUAUUGCUUAGAAGUUUCCAUUACCUCAGGACAGCCAACAGUUUCUAUGUGGCCGUUCCAUUCGUGUACAAUUUUUGAAGCUUUAAUAUCGAAUAAAUUCGCUACGAUUUUCUCGAGUUUAAUUUUUCACAUUUCACUCCCCAGGUUAGACUAUUUUUCGUGCAAAAAAGGAAACCUUAAAUUUUCGAAUUAAAAAAUGUGAUGGAAAGAGGAAUCACAAAAACUCUCACUUUCGUAAUACGUUAUAUUGCAUCUUAAAUUUACGGCAAAAGUUUUGAAGCCCUUGAAAUUUUGAAAAGACUCAAGCUCCCUUAGGGUGACCGAACAGGUACAAAUUUUAUAGCGCCGCGUAGAGUGCAUUUCCAGAGAUCUAAAAGUACUCUUGAUAGGCUAAAAAGUGUUUGUAAUGUAUUUAGGAGGAAAUCGUCGUUGGGUUCCCCUAUUAGCAGGGAAGAAUAACCAAAGGAAUCAGUUACUCGAGCCCGAGGGGUUUGUGAAUUUUUCGACAGUAAAAAUGAUUUGCCGUACUUUAAAGUGAACAGACCAAAUAAAUGGACGGGAGUUUUACAUUAAUGAAUGCUUGUAUUUGAGGCAUUUGUUUGGAAUGUUUAAAACAGACUAAUGCGGUUACAGACCCUUCCAUUGCGUGAGGCUAUAACAACAACGAUUUGUUAUCAUUGAAACUAGAUUUCUACUGCAAACUAUCACAGCUGGUCUGGUGAUACAUAAUUAAAAACUGAUUACUGAAGUGCCUCUAGGGCUUAGUGGUGCGUGCUUUCCGUGUUGUUGAACUGUCUCCAACAAAAACGUUUAAAAUUAUCAGCGUGGAAUAUUGCGGCAUUCAAGAAGUAAGAAAACGGGCACGUACGCUCCAAACCUUUCUCUUGAAGUUUAUAACAUUUACUAAGUUAGGUAAAAUCAUUGAAUUACGAAAGCAAAUGAGGAUCUUCUAGUCCCAAGAUACUUGCUUACUUACUUGCUAUUAAAAAAAAUCGUGACGGGGAGGGACGGGGAUACUUAUGGGAGAAGGGCGAUGGCGCUUUUCUAAGAAGAUACCGCUGACUUGUUCCCAGUCUUCUUUAUUACGCGCACAUCGCGGGAUCUAGAGUUAGGGGAAGAGAUGAGGGAGAGCUAGAGGUGACAUACCUGGCACUCGCAUACCGCACUCCUUACAGUACAAAAGAUGAUAGUGAACGAUUCAGGAAAUAAGGUAUUUUUUCCAUACUAGGGGCCCACAAAACGUAGCGUGUUUACUUUUCGAUACGCUCUUUCUCGCCAGAACGGAAACUCCGCUCCUGCUAUAUUAGCGCAUUCGAAGUAUAAGAUAUCAAAAAGAAACACUAAAUGUUGUUAAAAGGUAAAAUAAACUAUUUUAAGGUUUGUAGGGUUUGCUAACAAGCUGGUUAGUGGGACUAAAUUCGCUCUAAAAUGGUUCUCAAAAUAAAUGUUUCGAUAAAAACAAGGUGACAUUAGUACAUGAAAGUUGCUCGCUUCAGUUUAUGGGCUCCCACGGAGCAUGCGCAUUCAGAGUCAGUGCUUUGUGAACUGCUGGUCUGAUGCAAAACCUUUUGGGUAUUACAGUAAUUACAGCCCGCUUAGCGUUAUUCCUAAUUAGCUCAUGAACCACAGCAUAGUAAACGUUAAUGCAUUUAUUUUGACAGCGAUGUUUAGCGCGAUACUUGCCAACUGGACAGCAAAGUUUUCAGAACAUCUCAACAGACAGUUAUAUACAAACGUGAGUAACAAAGUUACCAUGAUGACCAAAGACAAACCGGAAGGAAGACGAGACCCGGAAGUGAUCCAAGUAGAUCCGGUUGAGCCGGGGACACCAGGUAAGAUGAUAUUUCGCCUCUGUUUUAUAGGUCACCUGUUCGCAACUUUGUACUACCAGGAGUCUAGCCUGAGAAAACAGCCGAUUUUUCGCGACGCCACCACUGCACUGGUUUUCCCAAGAAAUGAAAGAGCACACGCAAAAUCCAGGCUCACUACCCAGAUCUGCGGGCUUGUUCUUCUGACUGGACGGAGCAAGUUUUCAGCCAAUCAGAAGCACUACCCAGAUCUGGGUAGUGACGUAUCAUCAGUAUCGAAAUUCUGCAUUCGUUCCUCAGAUGUCAUUUCUUGGGGAACGCCAAAAGUGGUGUCGGGGAACGUCGGCUUUUUUUUCAGUCUACUCGCCUGUUAUUGGUUAAAAAGGCGCUGGAAACGAUUGGAAAUGGAAAGAGAAGGAGAGGUUUUUCCCGCCUUUUCCCUCUUCCCAUCGCACCCUCUUCCUUCCCAGCAUCCUCGGAGACUCAGGGGCAGAUAGUAGGGGCAAGGGAAAGUCUAAUAGCGAAAAAAGGUACAGUUUCUUCGUACCAUUUUUUUUUUUUGCAUCCGUUUAGACUUUCCCUUGCUCCCACUAUCUGCCCCUGGGUCUCCGAGGAUGCUUUUCCAGGCGCUCGAUAGUAUAGACCUUGUCACGGUUUUGGAAGCCAUCUUGACGAGUUGGCAACCGAGUGAGAAAUUGCAGUGUUUGUAGUCGAAUAAUUUCCGUAAAACGGCUGUUCUGAAAAAAAGAAAAAGAAUUAUAAACUAAAGCUUCACUCCUAACGAUUCUACUAAAACAAUUUGAAGGCGUUACAUGCAGCUUCAUGGGCCAGAACCACUUUUCAAAAUUUUCUAUACAUUUUUCUGUAAAAAAAAAUUUGACUCGGAAAAACGAUUUGAAAAGAUCUAAGCUUUCCUGUUCUCUUGCCUCUCCAGGGAUUUAUUAUUGCAGAGGACUGGUGUAGUCGGAAAGACUAUACUUCCUCUGUUAAACACAGUUUCUUUUUGACAGUUCAUAAUUGUUUUCUUACAGCCACUCCAGUAAGUUUACCAGUCCCUAUUGCCUUGUAUCCACUAAACGGCAAAUACACAACUUGGGAUGUCAGCGGUAGAAGCAAUCCCAACGGCAUUGCGCGUGGAGUUCAUCUCGCUACAGGACCCGAGGGACAUCCUAACGGCUCGUACCAGUUCUCUGGUAAGAGCGACAGUUUUAUUGAAUUCCCAAACAUGGGGGCGCUUAGAGCUAGAGAAUCUAUAACCCUGCUGGCUUGGGUCUAUAUCGAGUCGGGCAAUGGACCUAUAUUCAACUACAAUCCUCUGGGCUGGGGAGUCAGCCUUUGGGUAAAUUCGAAGCGUCACCUAGCAGCAAAGUUUGUUGAACAGGACGACCAAUGUGAGACUUGCAUUGACAGCGCUUAUCCUCUAAAAACAAAGACGUGGAAUUAUGUUGGAAUGUCGUACGAUCAAACCAGCGGAAUUGCGAGGCUGUGGGUGAACAAGCGAGUGAGCAGUCAGAGAGGCAUUGGAACCAAUAUCAAACUGUCGACUUCAAAGAACGCCAGAAUGGGCGCGCGAGCUGUGAAUGAUGGGAACUAUUUUAAUGGACGGAUAUCCCGGGUGCAAGUCUAUGACAAGGCAUUGAGUCAACGUGAGAUCGAGGCUGUCGCAGGACCAAUUGAAGGUAAAACAACUAGAUUUUCUUAGUACCAGGCAGCGCGCGCAGGAACUAGCAUAAUUUCGGCGGGAAAUCAAGAUAGCCGUCGUCACUCUACUGCGGGUUUCAGAGAAGAUGUUACAGUGGCGGAAACAAGUGCUAUAGUGUAUUAAAUAUUUUACCAUUUUGCGAUCAGGAGAAGGCUUAACCUCCUUCAAUAAAAAUAUUAGUACGUGCAAGCUUUUCUGGUGAAAAAAUGAAAUAGAAUAAAGUAAAGUGAAGCUUUCUGGGUGUCCAUUGUCUUAGAAUGCCCCCAAACUGAGUUUUAGUCAAACCUCUUCCUCUCUUGUAGUUGUCCUCGCCCUCGGAUUUUAAGGCCUCUUUUUACAGUUGAUUUUUCGAGGUCUAGAGAGAGACGAUAAUACCGUUUAUGAGAAAUUUCUGCAAUUUGAUUGGCUUAGAGCAGUGUUAUUUCAGCUUAAUUUGAAAUACCUACAUGUGAAAAUUACAAACCUUUUGCGGGUAGUGGUAUAAACAAAUAAUAGCAUAAUUUGUACGUGAUAUUUGGCAUAAGUACCACUCGUGAUAUUUCACAAUUGUAUCGAAUUUCACUCGCCUACCGGCUCGUGAAAUUACGUAUAACAAUUUUGAAAUAUCACUCGAGGUAUUUAUGCCAAAUAUAACUACCAAUCAUGCUAUUACCUAAACUAAUUUGUGUAAAUAUAUUUUAAGCUUUUUAUUAUCCUGUAAUUCGUAGUUGGCGCAUGCCCACAAGGUUGGACGGGGUAUCGUUUCUCAUGUUACUUGGUAGUCAACCGGUUAACAAGGCAGUGGAAUCAAGCUAGACAGGUUUGUCAAGAACAUGGAGGAGACCUGGUUGAGAUUGGCUCUUCAGAAGAAAACCACUUUGUCUAUUCACUCGCUCGCGCUAAAGCUUCCGAUAAAAGGUAAGUUGAAGAAUGACUUGAAAGAUAUCGUAAAGGCUCCGUCGAAUGUAGAUGAAAUCUCUCUUAGACGGAGAUUUCCUAAAAGUGGCCACCAUAAUUGCAAUAGGAGGUCCCUGGUCCUUAUUUUUCGACGGUAACUCCUAGUCUCUAGGCCUCAUUGUAGUGUGCGGCCUAUGCUUUUCUGGUCACGUGGUCCCAUCGAGUUUUUUUCCUUUUUGAGUCUCCCAGCCGUUCGUCUCGGACACGUCACCGAAAUGCAUUGACCGAGAAGGCCUGGGAAGAAGCCGUACAGGGGCUAGGCAAAGUAACUAGAAAUAGUACACAUUAGGCUAACUAAUCUGAAGCCGACGGUGUACCCAUUUUACCAGUCUCUCCAUCAGUGCUCUAUUUUACGGGUAUUUAACGCUACUUUAAGCUGCACGGAAAAGAAAGAAGUGAAAACAAGAAUUUGAAGUCACACCCAGUAAUCGAACUCCGAAACCUUUUUGCUCCUUCACUUCUCUCAGUACGAGCUUGUUAAACGGUACCUUUUGACUAUGAAUUAUAUUAUUCUGUGAUUGACCAAGUUUGAGGUCGAGUUUGUCGACGCAGAAAACGGUUUUUUACGUAAGAGAUGUGAAUCAUGAAAAUAUUGACCUAAACUCAAAACGCUUCUUUUUCAUUCUCUCAAGAUUUAUGUGGAUAGGUUUAUUACGUGGUUCUUCCGACGAGACAUUCACCUGGAUCAACGAUCACUCACCCUUAAUGUACUCCAACUGGGCGCUUGGCGAACCUAACAACGCUUACGGGCGGGGCGAAAAUUGCGGCCACAUGUACAUCUACUCAAGGGACAAGGCCAAGCAAUGGAACGAUGAAUUAUGUGUGAACCCUACAAUAGGGUCAAUGGUGUUUAUGUGUGAAAUAGAGCCUGUAGACACAAUAAGAAUGAUGGAGAUGCCAAAAACUGUGGAAAUCAGUAAUUCUGUCGACGAGGAUAGCUCUGGUGAAGACUCGGGGUCAGGAGAAUAUUCAAGUGGGUCGGGAAGCGAACACCAGUUCAGGUUGAUGAUCGAUUGAUCUGAUUGGAUAGACCCUUUGCAGCUUGCAGUGACGUGACCUUGCUUGAUGCUGAAAUUAUGGGAUACAAUUUAUAACUUGAAAUACCAGAAGCUGAAACAACACGAGAAAAUAACAACAGCUAGAAAAACCAAAUUUUUAGGUGACUGGCACUGUAGAAGUAUCUUCAUAGGUGUUGGAAUGUUGCUCAAAAUAUAGCAGAAAAAGUAUUGAACCGUGAGGGGAGUGCGGUCCGUCACGUUUUUUCUAGUCAUUAUUAUAAUCUCCUGAAAAUCGGCGGGCUCGCUAUUUGCUUUUUGCUCUUUCAAUUUUCUGGCUUCGGGUUGCUGCUUUUCACACUAUACCCAAUAGCUUUUCGUGUGCACGAAAAACUAUCUGAUAUAGUGAGAAAACAGCCGAACACUGCCGCCGUUUUUUGUUUACAAACACCAACACUUAACAUUACUACAUACGGUAUCUCCCAGUUUUGGCUUGAGAUAGGUAUAUCAGGGGCACCCAACAACAAUUUUCGGAAAAAUAUCUGUUCGGAAGACGAUUUGAGAUCUAGAAUUUUCGGAACAUUCGUUGUAAAAUUUCUUGCUUGCCUGCUUCUCCUAGGAUUUUCGAACAUCUAAAAUAUGGUAUAAUUGCCUAUUUUUAACGGAUUUUUACCCUACAAAGGUCACCUAGAAUUUUCGGGAGCCUUUUUCUGGCUGAAAUUUUCGAAAAGGUAAGUUUUGAUCCCUAUAAUUUUCGGAUCACUAGACUUUCAGCUAGGAAAUCCGAACAGAUGAAAAAUUUUUAGGGGAUAAAAAUAUGCCUAUAUCUACCGUUUAAAUACCAAAAUACGUUUAACAAUGCU